AUGGGUUCUGACCAGUCAGCUCAGAGCCAGUCCCUAGACAGAGGAGACCUGACACUCCCUGUCAUCCAGGGUCUCCGGCCCAGACUAACAACCCCAAUUAAGGAUCGCAUCAUCAAUGAGAUCCACCUGGUCCUGGUUCUAAUCGCUACAGCUUAUAUGGAACCCUGCUUCACCUUUUCCCGAGUGAGUGGCAGUUCCAAGCCCCUGAAACAGGCAGCCAUUAAUGUCAGUGAUCAAAACAACACACUGAUAUUUGAGUCUCGAUUUGAGAGUGGGAAUCUCGAGAAAGUAUUCAAAGUAGGAGAAUAUGAAUAUAACCUGAUGUUGCGCACAGACCUCUACACAGCAAAGCACACCCAGUGGUAUUACUUCCAGGUGCAGAACAUGCAGCCAGCAGUCCAGUACCGCUUCACCAUCAUCAACCUGAUGAAGCCCACCAGCCUGUACAACAUGGGAAUGAAGCCGCUGUUGUAUUCCACCAAGGAUGCAGAGCUGCACAAGAUUGGCUGGCGCAGGGUGGGGAGCCAAAUCAAGUACUACCGAAACAACUACAGCAACAGCAAGCACCACUACUACUCGCUUACCUGGACCUUUGAGUUCCCGCAUUACGGGGACACUUGCUACUUUGCCCACUGCUAUCCCUACACCUACUCUGACCUCCAGGAGUAUGUGACACAUGUGGUCAACGAUCCAGCCAAGUCCAAAUUCUGCAAAGUCCGGGUGCUCUGCCGCUCAUUGGCUGGGAACAUGGUUUACGUUCUGACUGUGACAAAUCCCUCUGAGAGUUCCGAGGCCGCACUGGAAAAGAAAGCAGUGAUCCUGACCGCCCGUGUCCACCCAGGAGAGACCAACAGCUCCUGGAUGAUGAAGGGUUUCCUUGACUAUCUUCUUGGCAACUCGCUGGAUGCCAAACUGCUGCGGGACACAUUCCUUUUCAAAAUCGUGCCAAUGCUGAACCCUGAUGGGGUCAUCGUGGGGAAUUACCGGUGCUCACUCUCUGGUCAGGAUUUAAAUCGUAAAUACCGGUCCUAUUUGAAGGAGACCUACCCCUCUGUGUGGUACACCCGGAAACUGAUCAAACGGUUAAUGGAGGAGCGGACAGUGUUUCUAUACUGUGAUCUCCACGGUCACAGUCGGAAGCAGAACAUUUUUAUGUAUGGUUGUCAGAGUCGGAGACGGACUGUAUCAUCAUAUGCCAAGCAGCGAGUGUUCCCCUUCAUGCUUAGUAAGAACUGCUGUAACAAGUUUUGUUUUCAAAGUUGUAAAUUCCACGUGAAGCGGGCUAAGGAAGGAACAGGACGUGUGGUGGUGUGGAGGAUGGGAGUCACCAACAGUUACACCCUGGAAGCAACUUUCUGUGGCUCCACAUUGGGGAACAGUGGGGACGUCCAUUUCAAUGUAAACGAUCUGGAAUCAGUGGGCUUUGAGUUUUGUGACACACUGUUGGACUACUGUGAUCCUGAUCAGUCCAAGUACAUCCAAUGCAAAAGGCAUUUGCAGAACCAAAUAAAAGAACAUAUUGCUGCCAAAAUGGAGAUGUCUGGUACAAAGUAUGACUCUGAUGCAUCACUGGGAGAUAUCCUAUCUUAUAUUGAAUCCAGCACCACAGGUUCAAACAGUUCCGAGUCUGAUGACCAGUCUUUGCAUUUUGGAAGAAAGGUCCACCAGCGUGUGACAAAAAGGAAGAAACAGCUAAAAACCAAAAAGCAGAGACAAAAUUCCUACUUAAUCCGAAAGGUGAUGAAUACUGAAAAGCAAUACCAGAUGCAGCCUAAAGUAGCUCCUUCCCGGGCAGAAAGGACCACAAAAAGAGGAUCCCUUCAGUCCCAUGGCCACUUUGAAGCGCAUGAGCCUGGGUCUGAACAUGAAGAGCGGACACCUGCCCUUUCUGACCCUGCACCCCAGAGAAACCGCAAAAUCGGGGAAGGAAAGGCUAGACUUGGGACCAGUGAAGAUUCAAUCUAUGAUGACUAUAUGUCUGGUGGAAUAAGCAUGAGACUACACCACCCUACGAAUAGUAAGACGCCUGUUUUGUACUUUGUGGUCACCUGA